AUGGCUCUUGCGGCCUCUGUCACUCCGGUCAACCCUCGUGUCCCCUACUCCGCCAUCUCCGCGUCAACAAGUUCUAUACGGCACCACAGUUUACAUUUCUCGCCUCUUCUUCCCCGCACACCCUCACUACCUCCCCACAUGCCCCGACCAGCGACUCCUCCACUGCCUCCUCCACCCGUCACCGUCGUCAUCAGCGAGGUGACGAUCCACCGCUCUACCAGACAUCGCUCAAGGAUCUACCUGCUAUACCACUACCUCCACCCCGAGAAGAAGCAUAGUACCACGUCUCGGUGGGAUUCAUUCUCUAAAUUCCUCAUUCCCGCCAUCCGUGGAUUCUGGGCUUCUACCCCCGCUCGUCCCCUCCUUCACUACAAGGAACGGGUCAUCGCAUUGCUGCCGCCCACGGAGGCUUAG